GUCUCAUUUCUCCUCACAGCGUGUGAGAUUUAAAGGGAGGUAUUCAGAGGAAAUUGUCUGUAGCCCUAAGUGAUAAAUCAGCCUUCACCUACUUUAAGUCUAUUUUUUAAAUAUAUAACUAUUUGUAUAUACUCUAAACUUACUCAGAAUGGCUGAUACCGUUGUGGACGCCCCCAAAGAGGUAACUCCCAAGGACCUGAAAGAAAAGGCUGUGGAGGAGGUUGAGAAGAAAGAAAACGGCAGCGGAGACGCGCCAGCAAAUGGAACAGAGGAAGAGAAUGGAAAUGAGCACACAGAUGAGAAUGCAGAGGAAGUAGAUGAGGAAGAGGAGGAAGAGGAAGAUGCUGAGGGUGAAGGUGAAGAAGAAGAUGGUGAAGAGGAAGAGGGUGCAGAGGAGGAAGAUGAUGCAGAUGGGCAUGCAGUGAAGCGUCCAGCUGAGGAACAGGGUGAAGUUGAAAAGAAGAGGCAAAAGUCAGAAAAUGGAGAGUCAACAGAACCCAAGGCAGAAGCUUAAACAUUCCUUUGUUUGAUUUUUUUUUUAAUAUCUUGAUGGUGUGGUCUGCUUCACUUUGUAAAGAUUGUGCUUUUUUAAAAUGUACACUUGCAGUGUGGGUUUUAUACUGUACUGUACAACUGGUUCCUGUAACACCUGUCCAAGGCAUUGCUCUCGGGAAUAUUUGUUUUUUAUGAAGUUAUUUAUUAUAUGGUCUUUGUACAACCACAUUUUGUAAUGGGUUUGAAUGCUGUAAUAAAUGUUUUUCAGGUCUGUUUUGAAA